AUGCCGCACAAGCACAAGAGGAAAGAUGCUGAUGUCUCGACCUUCGACCUCCCCCCAACCUCCCGCGCCGCACCCCUCCCCACCCGCAAGCCCACAGCGGACAAACCCAAACCCCUAAAAAAGCGAAAGCAGCGCAUAGAAGGCUAUGGUGUGGACGACACCCCCAAGGCCUUCUCCCGGCUGAUGCAUUUCCAAAGCACCGGCAAAGGGAACCCCAAAGGCCUGGACGACGGCGAGCGCAAGAGCAAGAAGCGCAAGCUCGAGGACGGUGCAUCUGCCUCUUCUAAGAAACCGAAGGAUGUUGCGCCGCCAAUGAAGAUCAUGCCCGGCGAGCGUAUGAGCGACUUCGCCCAGCGGGUUAACCAAGCGCUGCCUGUUUCUGGACUCUCGCGGAAGGGCAAGAAAGUCGAGGGUGUGAAAGAGCGGCUGACGAAACAUAACAAGAAACUCGCGAAGCUGCAGAAGGGUUGGCGGGAGGAAGAGGCUCGGAUUCGCGACAAAGAGGAGGAAGCGCGGGAGCUGGCCGAAGAGGAGCAGGACGAGAUCGAUGCUAUAUGGGAAGACAAGACCGCACCACUAUCUGGCAAGAAAGGCAAGAAGAGCAAGCGGCGGAAGGUGGUAGGCGAGCAAGACGACAGCGAUGGGGAUCCUUGGGAGGCACUGAAGGCGACGCGGGAGCAGCCGAAGGGACUACAUGAUGUGGUGCAGGCGCCGCCGGUGUUUACGACGAUCCCGAGGGAGAAGUUCAAGGUGCGAAAUGGGGCAAAGGCUGAGGUUGCGGAUGUGCCGAAUAAGUCAGGGAGUUUGAAGCGGAGGGAGGAAUUGGGGGAGCAGAGGAAGGGGAUUAUCGAGCAGUAUCGCGCAAUGAUGGAUGGGAAGAGGGGUGUGCAAGCAACAUAG